GCUGAGCUGCACUAUCAACAAGGAGCACCGCUGAGCCGACACGGGAAAAAUACAGGGGGGGGAUGACCGUCAGAAUCCGCUCCCAUCCUCCGCUCCGUUGGGCUCAGUUGGCCUGACCACCACCGGAUCAGCAACACCAUCGAACCAACCCUCGGAUAAGCCAAGUAUCGGGAGCAUGGAUCUGAGAGUGGGGAGUAAGUACCGGCUUGGCCGUAAGAUCGGCAGCGGCUCUUUCGGGGAUAUCUACCUUGGUGCCAACAUUGCCACAGGGGAGGAGGUGGCCAUCAAGCUGGAGUGUGUGAAAACCAAACACCCCCAGCUCCACAUCGAGAGCAAGUUCUACAAGAUGAUGCAGGGAGGAGUGGGAAUUCCCUCUAUAAAGUGGUGUGGGGCAGAAGGCGACUAUAACGUGAUGGUGAUGGAGUUGCUAGGCCCCAGUCUGGAGGAUCUCUUCAACUUCUGCUCCAGGAAAUUCAGCCUGAAGACAGUCCUGCUGCUGGCUGACCAGAUGAUCAGUCGCAUCGAGUACAUCCACUCGAAGAACUUCAUCCACCGUGAUGUGAAGCCUGACAACUUCCUGAUGGGUCUGGGGAAGAAGGGCAACCUGGUCUACAUCAUCGACUUCGGCCUGGCCAAAAAAUACAGAGACGCGCGCACACACCAGCACAUUCCCUACCGCGAGAACAAGAACCUGACUGGCACCGCUCGCUAUGCCUCAAUAAACACACACCUGGGCAUAGAGCAGUCUCGGCGUGAUGAUCUGGAGUCUCUGGGCUAUGUGCUGAUGUAUUUUAAUCUGGGAUCCCUGCCGUGGCAGGGCCUCAAGGCUGCCACCAAGAGGCAGAAAUACGAGCGCAUCAGUGAGAAGAAGAUGUCCACGCCCAUCGAGGUGCUCUGUAAGGGCUACCCUUCCGAAUUCUCGACAUAUCUGAAUUUCUGCCGCUCAUUGCGAUUCGAUGAUAAGCCUGAUUACUCAUACCUGCGGCAGCUCUUCAGGAACCUCUUCCACAGGCAGGGCUUCUCCUACGACUAUGUCUUCGACUGGAACAUGCUCAAAUUCGGAGCGGGUCGGACAGCAGAGGAGGGGGAUCAGGAACGGAGGGCAGAGGAGAGGGAAGAGCGGAUUGUUGGAGGGCCACGGGGGUCAGCAGCACGAGGUCAUGCCCCUGUGCAAAACCAUUCCGCUCCAAACCGAGUCAGAAACGGCCCAGAACAGCCCACUGCCAACCCCUCCCGCUUACAGCAGUCCGGUAUGAAUUGGGGAAACACAUCGCCACGGGUGACCUCACGAGCAGAGCGGGACAGGAAAGUGAGCAUGCGGCUGCACCGGGGAGCUAACGCAUCAUCACAGCAGGUCAGCGUGCCAUAUGAGCACCUUGGAAAGUGAGCCACCUCACACACAUCAACAGGGCUGCAAGACUCACUCUCCCUCUCCAGAUAUUCUCAGAGAUUUUGUUUUUCUGUGUUUAUGAAGAUGUUGCCAAUGAAACAGUGAGAUUGAGCAUGGAAGAUGAGGCCAAAGGAAGGGGGUUAGACAGGAGGGAGGGUAAGCAGGAGCUCAACAGUGUGGCUGUCCCCUUAACGCUGCAUUGAGAGCUCAGCACUCCAUGUUUCAGUCCUGAUUCUGCCCACACACGUCACAUUGUUUACCCAUCAUCCCUCAGUACUAGUCCACUUGUGUUAUGAAGGCCACUUUUCAGGCACUGAGCACCGGGGUUCACACCAGAGAUCUGAGGCUGGUCGGCCAAGCUGAAGGUUGUGUCUAGUUGGAGUCUUGCAUGUAAGGGUACGGGCUUUAAAGGUGGUUCUGCUAUUGUGAAUGACUUUUAGACCCUCAAGUUUAGUGUGUGUGUGUGUGUGUGUGUGUACGUACAUACGUACGUGUGUGCGGACGGACUGUGAGAGUAAACAGCGAGUGUGAAGGUGAGCUCGGAGGGGUGGAGUCCUGGGGGGCGUGGCAGUUUCCAGGACUUCCCACAAAGGGAAGUGGGAGGUGGGGGAGAAACAGGAGCACAGAUGGACCUGGAGCCUGGAGAGAUGAGCUGAACGAAUGGAAAGUGCAGGAGUGGCGAGGUGGAGGAGGGGUUUCUCCUGUUGGAGGAGGAGGACAAUGACCAAUCUCACAUUCAUGUCUUAAUGGAAGUGUGAAGCAUUAGUGCUGGAUGGGGUGUGGAGGAAGCUGAAACCGGGACAUUGCAAAACAGUAGUGAGAGUCUCCUUCAUCAGUUCGAUUCCUACAGAUUUUCAAAACUGCAUUUUGUGAUUGUUAUGGUGUGGGAAGGUCUUUAUCAGUGAUUACCUUCCAAAGUGCUACAUGACAGCAUGAUGACAUCACAGUGAGCAUAUAGAAUUGCAUUCUCCUGGUCACAUGAUGAGCUUGUGCUCAGUGCUCUAACCUUUCCAGGUGUAGCUGGACUGCGUGAAUGGCACCAAUCAUCUAUAACCACCAUCUCUAUAGCAGAUCAUUUAAUUAAUACCAUCUCUAUAAUGGAGCAUAUAAAUAACACCAGCCAGCUCUCACAACAGCUUUUAGAAUGUUAGUUUUUGUAUUUGAAACAUUUUAAUUGGAUAUCUGGUGGGAAGGGGUGGGACUGUUUAGCAGGGGAUUCAGGUUUUUUCUGUUUAUUUCUUUGUGGGGUUUUGUUUUUGUUUUUUUACAUCAUUGUAAAUAAUUUUUAUUUCUGUGUAAAACCCAAAUGUUUGUUGUUCAAUGUGUAAUGUUGAAAAGAUGCUAAACAGAGUAUGUCAGGAUUUUUAAAAGAUAAUACAGAUGCUAAAGGAAGGGUACUUGCGGUUGGGUUGUAAGAAUGAAUCUAUAUAGGUGUGUGAUGAAAGAUGUGUACGAAAUGUGUAGCGGGGUGUGUGUGAGGGAGGGAGUGCAUUCUGUUUUUCUGAUAGUCUUAGUGUAACUUUGUGUCCUAUACAUACAACUGAUUCAUGAGUGUGUGCUGAUCCCCAGCUCUCUUUCUCCACCCGUCCUCUCUCUGACCCGCCCCUUUUUUCAUCUGACCAACUCUACCUACAUUCCUCCUCCCCCUCCAUCCCAACUGUCUCUCCUCACUCUCAGUCCCUCCUAGACUGCAGCUGCAUUUCAGCUCCACCUUCUCUUAAUGUUUAAUGAUGUCAUUGAAUCACACACAUUUAUUCUUAUGAAGUGAUGUCACAGAAUCCAGUUUCAUGCGUGUGUGUGAGUGAGACAGCAGGCGUGUAUGAGGUGGUUGGGGCUUAGGGUCUGGAUAUUGUAUUGUGUUCUUAGAUCUUGUACAGUUCUUUAACACACUCCCUUUAUUUACAACAGUAUUUGUCUAUUUUAUGAAGUUAUAAAAAAUAAAACUUCCUUCUGCAAA